AUGCAUGCAGAUGGUUUAGUCUAUGCUCAGCGGUAUAGCAGCUACAAGGAAGUUGUAGAUGCGCGACGAGUGUUUCCCUUUACCAAUGCGAAUAUUGAAAGCCUCUUGAUUCCUACCGACCUGCUUCAGCUCUGGGCCCGAGCCGGUGGCAACUUAGGUCGCAGCAGUCAAAUCCAAAAAGUCGUCACUGAGACAGGUCUCCGAUCAUACCUCAACUCUAAGGCUCGGGUCAAUCUAGGGCUUCAUGCGGCUAAGAGUCAGUCAUUUGGAAUUCGCGAGGAAUACCGAGUCUCGUGGGCCUAA